AUGGAAAAUAGCACGACAGCGGAUCGCGGCCCGCGAGAACCUCGAUACGAAGGAGAGGAUGUCUCACCGACGACAGACAGAGAGCUAAAGGGAUUUUAUGCGUACAGUCUAGCUGCAGAAGUGUUCGCUGUAUGUGGCGUUGGCUCCUUUCUUCCAGUUACUCUUGAGCAAUUGGCUCGGGAACGCGGGACGCUAUGGUCUGACAGAACAACAUCUUGUAUGGCGAAGAGCGCCACAGAUGCUGGCAAGACUGCUGUUGCACGAGUGUUGUCAAGAGCCUCUGACUCGGACAAUAAUCAAUGUAUUGUCAAUGUCAUUGGCCUGGAGAUAACCACGUCGAGCUUUGCAAUGUACACUUUCUCUCUCGCGGUUUUCGUACAAGCUCUUACUUUGGUCUCAUUCAGCUCAGUUGCAGAUCAUGGUACAUAUAGAAAGAAGCUACUGCUCACCUUCGCCUUCACAGGUGCAGUAUGCUCGAUGCUGUUCAUGGUCGUUGUGCCGUCAAUAUUUUUGGUCGCUUCCGUCCUGACCAUUAUAUCUGUCACGUGCCUAGGCUGUUCCUUCGUCCUGCUGAACAGCUACCUUCCAUUACUUGUAGCCAAUCAUCCAGAGUCGAGAGGAAAUCAAAGAGACCUCGAUAAUGCAGCAGAAUUGCAUAUCCCGCAGUCACCAGGGUUGAGGCGCAGGGAGUCCUCCGACCAAUACUUAUCACAUAUCCCACAUGCAAAAGCGAGCAAAUCGGAUGCUGCUGAACUCAAAUUAUCUACUUUGAUUUCUUCCAAGGGUGUGGGAAUCGGAUAUCUCGCAGCUGUCGGUGUCCAGCUUCUCAGUAUUCUUAUCCUUUUUUUCCUGUCCAAGGUAUCUGUGUCCUCAACACUUGCUCUGCGCCUUGUCCUUCUCCUGGUUGGGUUGUGGUGGUUCGCAUUCAGCAUACCUUCCAUGCUAUACCUACGAGCUCGACCAGGUCCUCCAAUGAAGAGUAUGUCCCCAAAUGGCUCACGAUGGCGCUCCUUUUUCACCUAUGUUUCAUUCGCGUGGAUAUCUCUCUGGAGGACGAUCAAAGUAGCAAGUAAGCUUCGCCAAGUCGUCAUCUUCCUCGUUGCCUGGUUCCUACUCUCGGAUGCGACAGCAACGAUUUCAGGAACAGCCAUUCUCUUCGCACGGACCGAGUUGAAGAUGGGAACCGUUCCAAUCGCCCUGCUGUCCAUCACCGUUACCACAAUGGGUAUUGCUGGUGCUUUUGUUUGGCCGAUCGUGGCUCGCCGCUUCCACCUGAAAACCAAUCAUACAAUUGUCGCUUGCAUCGCUUUGAUGGAAAUAAUUCCCAUCUACGGAUUGAUGGGUUAUAUUCCGUUGUUCAAGGCUUGGGGAGUGAUCGGGCUACAGCAGCCAUUCGAGAUCUACAUUCUUGGAGUCAUUUACGGCUUCGUAAUGGGAGGGUUGUCUUCUCAUUGUCGCUCGUUCUUUGGUCAGCUCAUUCCACCUGGAAGCGAAGCAGCUUUCUACGCUCUUUAUGCCAUCACCGACAAAGGAAGCUCUGCUGUUGGGCCUGCAAUCGUCGGAGCUAUCGUUGACGCCUCGGGAACAAUAAGACCGGCAUUUGCUUUUUUAGCUGUGAUGACAGCUCUGCCAGCACCUCUAAUAUGGAUAGUCAACGCCGAGAAAGGUCAGAUAGAUGCUGCUCGCAUGGCAGAUCUGGUUCAAAAAGCUGGAAAUGACGGUGAUAGCUUGGAGCUACAUUCUGUGGGAUACGAAGAGGCGGAAGGGUUGAUGAGAGACCACGAUUAGCGUAAGGCGGUGUUAACGUCGCCCUCGUUGCGAUUACCUAAUCUGGGAAAACAAUUUGUCUACCCAAUCUGUCGUACCAGCUCCGUCUGCCCCCUGCCGUACUUCAAGCAAUGGCCGAAUGAACGCCUAUACUCCAACGCUUCGCCAAGGACAAGAACAUGCUUCU